CGCUUAUAAUCUAUUUAUAUAUAAUAUAUCUAUAUAUCUAUUUAUACAUAAAAAAAUAUUAUAUGGAGUUAGUAUCCAAAGUAUAUAAUAGAAAUAUAUAUUAAAUGUAAAUUAAUAUCACUAUAUUUAAUAUGUAUUCAUACAAACUUAGACAUUUCUCUUUCAGAUUCGCAAAAUACAAACAAAAUACAAAAUAAUUCUUAAAUAACUAAAAUGAUAACAAUAGAUACUAAGUGCGAGACAUAUUUUAAGUACUGAUAUACAAAUGAUGAUAUCUAGUACAAAUGAUGUACAUUCUGCUAUAGAUAUAUACAAAAUAGUAUAUAUAUAGGCGAAAUUCAAUAUAUAUAAUAUAAUUAAAUAUCAUUAAAAUAUAAUUAAAAGUCAUAUUUUUUGUAAAUAUUUUAAAACUAAGACUGAUUGAUAAUUAUGUACAAAAAAGAAAUCAAAAUGAUUUCAUAAUAUAUUUCAAAAUAAAAUGAAUGAAGAAAAAGCUAUUCGUAGAUUGAUUAACAAUAUAUUUUUAAUUUAUAAAUUAAAUAAAUGUAUAGAUAUAUACUAUGCAAAUAUUUUUUUUGCAAAUUCAUUCUAAAUAAAUAAAAUUAAUUCCUAUAUCUUCUUUUAAAAAUUUAUAUAUUUUUCAAUAUUUUAUAUUAUAAUUUGCGAACUAUAAGAAAUAAAGAAAAGAUUUUUAAAUAUAAAUUAUUUCUUUUGAUGAGGAACCUCGUUUAAUAAAAGAUUUAUCAAUAUUCAUCAAAUGUAAUUAGAAAAAAAUUUUACAAUUUUUAAUAUAAAAACAUUGAAUUUUUUUAUAUAAAAACAUAAUCAAUAAAUUAAUUUAUUCAAAAAACUUAAUCAAAAUCAAUUUUAAUAAUUAUGAAAUAGUAUAAAAAAUUUUGUUUUAUUACAAAUAUAAAUAUAUUUAUAAAAAUAUAAAAAUAAUAUAUGCGAAUAUGCAUUAACUCAAAAUUUCUGAAUUUUUUAAUUUCAAAUAUUUACAAAAAUAUUUAUUAUAACUUUGUCAACGAAUUAUUAAUAAAAAUAUGGAAUGCGAAAUCUAAUCAAGUUGCGAUAGUAGCGUUGAUUGAGCAAUAAAUAAGUUUAAAUAUAUAUUGAAAUAAUAUUUAAUAAAUUAGUAAAGUAAAAUUUAAGUAAAUUUAAGUAUCAAAGAAAGUACGUUGAAUAUUUAUUUAUUUAUUUAUAUAUUUAUAAUAUUAUAAUUUAUUAUUGUAACAUAAUUCGAUAUAAUUUUUAUCGAUAAAAAAAUAUUUAUUAUAUUCAAAUAUAUCUCCUAUACAUUUUUUAAAAUUUCAAAAUUUUUUAAAUUUUCGAUUUGAGAAUUUUUUCUUUUAAUCAAUACUAUUAAUAAUAUUACUAUUAAUAGUAUUACAAAAAUUAAUAAAUAUUUAAAAGUAAAAUAUUUAAAAUUCCAUGCUUCUUAAUUUCAUUAGUUUGGAAGAAAUUCACAAUAAAAAAUAUAUUAUAUUGUUGACAGAUGGAAUGCGGAUUUUAUUAAAUUUAAUGAAAUGAAACAAUCUAUGCGAACAAAAAUAUAACGACUCACAUACAUAUUUAUAAUAAGUUGAAUUCAUAUCUAUAAUUAGUGCUUAUUUAUUAUUAUUUAUCAAAUUUGAAUAAAACGACUACUUAUAUUCUCCUACCAGGCUUUGUAAUAUUAUCAAGUUUUUAUAUAUUCAAUUCAUAUUUAUAUAACAUAUUUAUAUAACAUAUUUAUAUAACAUAUUUAUAUAACAUAUAUAACAUUCCUUCGCAGCAAAUUUAUAUCAGGUGCACAACAAUCUGUAUUCAUUUCUUCAAACAAAUUUAUAGAUAUUUAUUGUAGUUAUUUAUAGUUAUUUUUUAAUAUUUUAUAUUAAUUAUAAUUACUUUAAAAUAUUUUAUUAUAAUGCUACGUUCUUCAUUAAAUCGAACUUACCAACAAAUUAAUCGUAAUUUAGGAAAUAAUACAAGAAUAAAAUGUAAACGUCUAGAAGAAAAAGUAGCAAUUGUUACGGCAUCAACAAGCGGUAUUGGUCUUGCAAUAGCAAAACGUUUAGCUGAAGAAGGUGCUAAAGUAGUAAUUAGUAGCCGUAAAGAAUCAAAUGUACAACAAGCUUUAAAACAACUUAAGUCUAAAGGUUUAAAUGUUUAUGGUACUAUAUGUCAUGUUGGCAAAAAUGAAGAUAGGAAAUCUCUUCUUGAAAAAACUAUACAAGAAUUUGGUGGUUUAGAUAUUUUAAUAUUAAGUGCUGGCACAAAUCCAAAUCCAUGUAAUCUUUUUGAUACAUCAGAAUUAUUGUGGGAUAAAAUUUUUGAUAUCAAUCUUAAAAGUACAUUUCUCCUAAUGAAAGAUUCUUUACCAUUUUUGAGAAAGAGUAAAUCAGCAUCAAUAACACUUUUAUCUUCAAUAGCAGCAUAUUCACCAUUGGAAUUGCUAGGUGCAUAUGCCAUUAGCAAAACAGCAUUAUUAGGACUUACACAAAUGGCUUCCGUAACUCUUGUAUCAGAAGGAAUUAGAGUCAAUUGCAUAGCUCCUGGUAUUAUAAAUACUAAAUUUUCACAAAUACUUCGUGAAGGUGAAUUACAAAAAAUACUAUUAUCAAAAAUACCAAUGCAAAAAUAUGGUAAUGUAAAUGAUGUAGCAGGAAUUGCUGCAUUUUUAGCAAGUGAUGAUGCUUUAUAUAUUAGUGGUGAAACUAUUAUUGCUGCUGGUGGAUUGACAUGUAGACUUUAAGUAUGUUUUAUAUUGUUUGAUAUAUCAUAAAAAUUACAUUAUUUGAUAAAGAUAAUAUUAUUUGAAAUUACAAAUUAAUUAUAAGCUACGAAAUAUAUAUUAAUAUUUUUAAUAAAAUUUUGUAAUUUAAAUAUAAUAUAAUAUAAUAUAUAUAUAUAUAUAUAUAUAUAUAUAUAUAUAUAUAUAUAUAUAUAUAUAUAAUAUGUAAUAUAAUAUAUAUAUUGAUAUGUAUUAUAAAUAUAAAAGAUAACUAAAAUGUAAAUUAGAAAAUAUAUUAUCGUAAUAUAAUUUUUA